GACACGCACUUCUAUACCCGUUACGCGACACUACAGUUGCUCUCGGUGCUACUACGGAACCGCUGUUCUCAAGCUCAAGUAUAUUUCCUCAGGGCUCCUGCUGGUGCCUCCAGUGUCAUCGACAUUUUGGGGGAUAAGCGCGAGAUAAUUCGUGAUGAUGUUGAACAUAACUUGGUCCUUGCGUAGCCGUGCUCAUGCUCAAGUUCCACCUGUAGCAAGGCUUUUAAACGACAAAGGUGCAUUUGAAAAGCUCUUCAAUACUGUCAUACAUGAAGGUGGAUUGGAGGGAGGUGUAAUCUCACAUCUGCUUCGGUGUAAUAGCUCGAAUCAGAGUUACUUCCGCAAAACGUCUCUUCCAGCGUUGUUAUACUCCCUCUUGCUCUUACUAGCCAAGAACUAUCCGUCUUUCUGCAAGACUUUGUCGAACUAGACCUCGCAUCCAC